AAACAAGAGACUCUAGAUGCCACAGAGGAUGUAAUAGGACGGCUUUGGAACCUAACCUUCUGCAGUUUUGGGAAACUUCCGCUUUCGAAAAUGUCAAAGUUGAAUUUACUGAAGAUGGUCACAGGUCUAGGCGAAAGUCGUCACCUUUUUAAGCCCAUCUUCUCCAUUCAUCUCUCUCCCGCUUCUACACAAGUUCUUAAGCUCUUUUGUGAUCUCAUCUUCCCACGAUUGAAAGCUGGUUACUUUCUAGUGUGUACAUUGCCAUCAAAUUUGAUUGCGUGAUGCUACUUUAGGAGUUUAAACAGAAGCUGAAUCAUAACGAGACGCCUCUUAAUGGAAAUUUCAAGUGUUAAGAGGAUGCUGAGUAAGGUUGUUCAGUUGGAGGAAGGUAAAGAAACUGUAGCUACUGGUUUCAGGACAGGGCUAAAUAAGGCGUUUCCAUUCAAAUUGCUACUUCUGCUUGGGUUUUUUCUAGCUUUCUCUGCUGCCUUCAUCAUCGUUAGUGUCUCCACCAUCAAGUACUAUGGAAUCAACAGUGUAAUGACCUCAGUCACUUCUAGCUUUGUGCCUUGCCGCGAGAGAACAAAUGUUCUUGAUAAAUGGAUAAAGCCUCCUCUACCUCUGAUGCAUAACAUGAGCGACGAAGAACUUCUUUGGAGGGCGUCUUUCGUGCCUCAGAGAAAAGACUAUCCCUUUAAUAGGGUCCCCAAGAUCGCGUUUAUGUUCUUGACAAUGGGUCCCUUGCCGCUUUCACCGCUUUGGGAGAUGCUUCUCAAGGGCCAUGAGAAGCACUACUCUGUUUACAUCCAUUCACAAGUUUUUCCUUCAGCCGAGUUUCCACCUUCCUCUGUUUUCUACCGGAGGCAGAUACCAAGUCAGAUUGCAGAAUGGGGAAGAAUGACAAUGUGUGAUGCAGAGAGGCGGCUUCUUGCAAAUGCUCUGCUUGAUAUCUCAAACGAGUGGUUUGUUCUUCUCUCAGAGUCAUGCAUUCCCCUCUACAACUUCACAACUAUCUACGGUUACAUAGCCAAUUCAAAGCACAGCUUCAUGGGUUCGUUUGAUGAUCCGAGUCCCUAUGGGAGAGGCCGCUACGAUGGCAACAUGUCCCCUGAAGUUUCCAUAGACCAAUGGAGAAAAGGGUCUCAAUGGUUUGAAGUUAACCGGGAGCUUGCGGUUUCCAUUGUCAAAGAUACAUUGUAUUACCCUAAAUUCAAAGAGUUCUGUACUCCCGCCUGUUACGUGGACGAGCACUAUUUCCCAACAAUGCUUUCUAUUGAGAGACCAGCGGAAUUGGCUAACCGGAGCGUGACUUGGGUCGACUGGUCGAGAGGUGGUCCACACCCGGCUACAUUUGGACAAGCAGACAUCAAUGAGGAGUUCUUUGCGAGGAUCUUGAAAGGUGACAACUGCACUUACAAUGGAGAUUACACAUCCUUGUGUUAUCUCUUUGCUAGGAAGUUUUCUCCGAGUGCUUUGGAGCCUUUGAUUCAGAUUGCUCCCAAGAUUCUGAGUUUUUGAGUAGGUGAUGACACUUGACAAAAGUCAUGAAAUUAACAUCUAUAUAAAAUGUAUGUGGAAUUAAGCUGAGACUGAAGGUAUGUAUCUUUUUUUUUUCUUUAUGACAAUCUAAUUUUAUACCAAAGCUGACACUAAUUUCCACUUGUAAUUUCACCAAAGUAAUAAACAAUACACUAUCAGUUUG